AAAGUGUCGCUAAAUAAUUCAUUUCAGAUAUUUUGUCUUCACCGGAUCUCGAGAUCAGCCAACGAUGGCCGCCGACGGAAUAUUCCGCAGCAUCUUCGAAGGCUGUAUCUCAGGUCUCGAUUCUGCCAUCGAGAGGCGUCCUUACCACAAAAACUGCGACUGCGCGCUUCACGACGGAGCUGGGAAAAGUCAAAAUCAGCGGCGGAAGUCUUGCCGCCGCCACGGAAGCUCAGAGAGCAUAUCGUUCCCGAUCCGAAGGUCUUGGAGCGAAGGCAACAUACUGGCGAUGAAUUUCGCGUCCUCGUCAUCAUCUUCUUCUUCGAAUCUGCAGUCUCUUUCUUCGUCCUCUUCCCUCACGACUUUGGCGUCGCUGGCCGAUUUGCCGGUGGAUACUGCUGCGUUGGAGGAUUCCGGCAGAUCGCGUCCUCAUCAGGUGGGAUGGACAAUUGCCGAAUUGUGAAGAUGUUUGAUGAUUAAUGAUGUUUUAACUGCUAUUAUCCAGUGUUUAAUUAAUUUUCUUAAUUAAGUUUUGCGAGCCUUGUUUUUGUCUUUGUACCGUACGAUUAAGAUGAUGAUUGUUUCCACA